AUGAGCCGCAGCCAGGACAGGAUCUCGUCCUACCGCCGUCACUUUGAGGACAGCAGCAGCUCGUCCUACCAGGUCAGGAUGUCCAGCCCAUCCCCCACCAGGAGAGACUCCCGUCAUGCCUCCGCCGGCUACUCCUGCAGAUCAGGGGCCGGGAGCAUGCGUGUGGAUUCAGCGGGACAGAGGAACGUCUCGGCCGCACGCAGGACUCGCAUUAGUGGGGCAGGUGCAGGAGCCAUGGUGUGUGUUGGGCCUACUGGAGAACCUGCUAUUGAUCUGGAUGUUGCUGCAGCUGAGAACCAAGAGUUCCUCAGCACACGUACAACUGAAAAACAGGAGAUGAUUGUUCUCAAUGACAGACUGGCUGUAUACAUUGACAAGGUCCGAUCACUUGAGCAGCAGAACAGGCUUUUGGAAUCUGAGAUCGAGGCGUACCAGAACCGCUUUGAGAAUCCAUCAGGUCUGCGCCUGCUAUACGAGGAACAGCUGAGGGAGCUGAAAAAGAUUGCUGACCAGAUGAGAGUUCAGCGGGACCUUUCCUUGGCUGCGAAGGACUCCACAGCUGUUCAACUGGAGGCAAUCAAAAUCAAAUAUGAGGAGGCAGUGGAGCUGAGGAGGAAAGCCGAGUUAGACAUUGAAACCUUCCGUCCAGAUGUUGACAAAGCCACAUCCUCUCGCAUCGCCUUGGAGAAGAAGCUGGAGCAGCUGGAGGUUGAAGUUGAAUUCCUAAAACGGGUCCAUCAACAGGAAAUUGAGGAGCUCAUGAGCAAGAUCUACUCAGCUCACGCGACAGCUCAGAGUGCAUUCGAGCUACCUGACCUGGCAGCCGCUUUGAAACAAAUCCAAACCCAGUAUGACGACAUAGCAGCCAAAAAUCUCCAGGAGAUGGAUUCAUGGUAUAAAAGCAAGUUUGAAGAUCUGACCAGUAAGACGUCAAGGCAUGUGGAUAGGGUUCGAGGCAUUAGAGAUCAAAUAGCAGGUGCCAAAAAGGAUAUCCAAAACAAAGACCGUGAAUUGGAUUCCCUGAGGACGAAGAAUGAAGCUCUUGAGUUCAAGAUCAGAGAGACACAAGACAAGUACAAGAAGGAACUGGAAGACCUGCAGGCUCGGAUUGAGGCCCUGCAGUUUGAGCUGAAAUCCUACAAGGAGAAAAUUGCCCUGCACCUGCGCGAGUACCAGGACCUUCUGAACGUCAAGAUGUCUCUGGAGAUUGAAAUUACAACAUACAGGAAACUUGUUGAAGGAGAGGAUCUGCGGCUCUCUGGCAUGAUGCAAACCCUCUCUCUUAGAAGUUGUAGCAUGAGUGCCAUUGGUGGUGGGAUGAGCUUCAGUGGAGGAGGAGGAGGAGGAGGAGGAGGAGGUGGUGUUGGUGGAAUGGGUGGCGGCACAAUGAUGGGAGGUGUUGGUGGCAUGGGGAGUGGAGCAGGAAUGAGUGGUGCUAUGGGUGCAGGUGGCAUGGGAACGGGUUUAGGUAGCGGCGCUGCAGGAAUGGCUGGAAGAAUGGGUGCUGGAGGUCCAGAUGACAAGAUGGGCCCUGCUGGUAGGGCAGGAGGCGCUGAUAUCGGUUAUGGUCAUGGAUCAGGAGCUCGGGGUGUUGGUGUAGGAGCUGGGGAAGGAGGUGUGGGUAGUGGUGGACAAAUGGGUGCUGGAGGAAUGAAUGGUGUUGGCACUGGUGCUGGCGGACUGGGUGCUGGUGGUUUGGGUAGUGGGGUUGGGGGUGCAGGCACUGGUGCUGGAGGUUUGGGUGCUGGGGCUGGGGGUGCAGGCACUGGUGCUGGAGGUUUGGGUGCUGGGGCUGGGGGUGCACGCACUGGUGCUGGAGGCCUGGGCAAUAGUGCUGGAGGAUUGGGUACUGGGGCUGGUGGUAUGGGGGGCACUGGCAUGGGGUCCGGAGGAGGAAGUGGCGGUGUUGGUGGAGGGGCGGGUGAUGGAAGUAGUGGAGCCAUAGAUGGAGAUGGAGGUAACAAACAAGGAAUGGGUUCUGCUGGAAUGGAUGGCGGAAUCGGAGGCAGCGAGGGGAUUGAUAGUGUGGGUAGAGGUGACGCACUAUCCGCCGUUGGUGGAAUGGGGAAAGUUGGUGGAGGAGUUGGCGACGGGAUAGGAUAUGGAUCGGAUGGAUAUGAUGUCCACGAGCCUUACGCAGAGCAGGCUGUGGAGCUGACAGAGAGGAGGACGGUACUCAUUAGAACGGUUAAAAAUGAGGAUAACGUGCUGGAGAUGGACCACCAGGAACAAACCUACAUCAUCAGUGGUGCAGCUGAUGACUCUGACGAGGAAUGA